AGUUGUGUAGAUCACUGAGAGACUACGAGGGUCCGGUUCAGUUUUAAUUCUGUCUCUAAUCUCUGCAACAGCAGCGCUUCCCGUGUCCCGCGGCUCCCGCACUCGCUCAGCCGCGGCCAGCUGCCGGGCAAAAAUCGGAUCCGCCUCUGCUCUGUCACCCACCAUGGAAACCCUCCAAGAAAAAGUGGCCCCGGACGCGCGUGCCUGAGGAUUCCGCACAAAAGAGGUGCCCAAAAUGAAGACCCUGAUGCGCCAUGGUCUGGCAGUGUGUUUAGCGCUCACCACCAUGUGCACCAGCUUGUUGCUCGUGUACAGCAGCCUCGGCGGCCAGAAGGAGCGGCCCCCGCAGCAGCAGCAACAACAGGCGCCCGUGACCAGCAGCGCGCAGCCGGCGGCGGAGAGCAGCCCCCAGCCGCGCCUUGUAGCCCCCGCGGGACCGCGGCCGCUGGACGGAUACCUUGGCGUUGCGGACCACAAGCCCCUGAAAAUGCACUGCAGAGACUGUGCCCUGGUGACCAGCUCAGGGCAUCUGCUGCACAGUCGACAAGGCCCCCAGAUUGACCAGACAGAGUGUGUCAUCCGCAUGAAUGACGCCCCCACCCGUGGCUACGGGCGUGAUGUGGGCAAUCGCACCAGCCUGAGGGUCAUCGCUCAUUCCAGCAUCCAGAGGAUCCUCCGCAACCGCCACGACCUGCUCAACGUGAGCCAGGGCACCGUGUUCAUCUUCUGGGGCCCCAGCAGCUACAUGAGGCGAGAUGGCAAGGGACAGGUGUACAACAACCUGCAGCUCCUGAGCCAGGUGUUGCCCCGGCUAAAAGCCUUCAUGAUCACACGCCAUAAGAUGUUGCAUUUCGAUGAGCUGUUCAAGCAGGAGACUGGCAAAGACAGGAAGAUCUCCAAUACUUGGCUCAGCACUGGCUGGUUCACAAUGACGAUUGCUCUGGAGCUGUGUGACAGGAUCAAUGUUUAUGGCAUGGUGCCCCCAGACUUCUGCAGGGAUCCCAAUCAUCCUUCAGUACCUUAUCAUUAUUAUGAGCCCUUUGGACCUGAUGAAUGUACAAUGUACCUUUCCCAUGAGCGAGGACGAAAGGGCAGUCAUCACCGCUUUAUCACAGAGAAACGAGUGUUUAAGAACUGGGCACGGACAUUCAACAUUCACUUUUUUCAACCAGACUGGAAACCAGAAUCACCUGCUAUAAAUCAUCCUGAGAAUAAACCUAUGUUGUGAGGAAUGAGCAUGCCAGACCAUAAGGCCAGGUACCCACUGUGUUAGACACGGGGCACUGAACUUCUUGAGCCACCAGCCAGGAAAAGGGAACAGAAUUGGUAGCUUCAACUCAAUACCAUGGACAGAUGCCCAGUAGGCAUGACCACAAGACAAUGUGGCUGGUUUGUAAGAACAUAUUGCCGAAUUAAUACACCCGAAUGAAUGCUGUCCCUUUGAAAGAGGUCACCCUUAGGAACUGAGCAUUCAUUUCAGUGAUGCCACCAUGGCUAAAACCACUUUGGAUCUCUUUAAGUAUUGCCUUUGAAACUGCUACAUGAGCAACUCAACAUUAGUUGCAUUCCUUUAUAGAAAUACCAUGUCAAAAGAUGUUUUUCUACCAAGUUGUAUUCUAACCUGACUUAUAACCUUUGUCAUAUGUCAGACUCUUGUUUGUGUGAUUUGUAAAAAGCAGCCUGAAAGUAUGGACAUGAUUUCUGAAGAGCACAUCUCCACUGGACUUUCAUAAAGCAAAUGUCCAAUAUUUAUUUAUUGAGAGUUUUUUAGUGUACUCUAGGCCAGUAUUUUUAUAGAUUAUAAUUAUGUGGUAAUUUAUUCUUCAUAACUCUUUAAUCCUGAAUGAUGGUUGGAAAUGGCCUAGAAUAGGGUUGAUGAGUUACUGUGUUCACAAAGCCCAUUGUUAGCAUGCGAUUGGUAUUCGACUUGGAAAUGUUGUGUCGCAUUUUUGGAACUCCUAGGCAGAAAAAAAAAUUGUUCUUUCAUAGCAAGAACAACUAUAAGAUUUUGUAAUGUACAGAAUGUUCCAAAAGGACAAAUUCGAUAACCAAAAGUUGUGUUAUUAAAACAAAAAGAUGCUAA